AUGACCGUUACCGCCGCCGACCACACCACCACCAACAUCGUCCACCCUUCAUAUCCUCCCUCCGCCCAUACGGGCUUCAUCAACUGGAUGCUGGCCGAGAACGACCGCGCCCGCGAACAACAGGCCGAAUCCAUGGCCUACUCCCCUCCCUCUCCUUCGCCCUCGUUGAAGAGGCGGAGGAUGUUCCAGGCAGACUACUACUCAGACUGCGACGCGGAUGACGAAUACGGGAGCGACUCUGACGCUUCAGAUGCCGAGUCUAUGACGUCCGGCACGUCCUACGAGGAUAAGGAGAGUGCAGCGCCCCCUCGCAAGAGACUCUGCUUCAACUUGAACGAUAGUCCCUCCCUUCGUGCCGUGGAACUGAGCUCGGGAAGGUCGUCGAGGUCGUCGUGGACUCUUCAGACCCCGCUCGACUCUCCCAGGGCUGCGCUGCGCCCUCUCGAACUGUUCGAAGUCGACGACGAGGUCGACGUCAAGGAAUUCAUCCCCUUCGCGUCCGAGGUCGAUCAGUCCCCGACUUCUUCGGAUGACUCGAAGGCUUCUGUCGCGUCCAGCCAUUUCACCGACUCCGAGGUCGAGCUCAAGGCGACCACUCAACACGCUCUCUCGUUCUCUUCGGAGGAGGAGGAGGAGGAGGAGGAGGAGGAGGAAGAGGAAGAGGAAGAGGCCCAGUACGCCCAUGGACAAUACCAGGAACUCGAGCGCGUAGAUGAGUGGAAGUCGGAGGGGUAUGUCUCCAGCUACGACGAGGAGGACUAUGAGGGUGAGGAGGAGGAAGAGGUCCAGUACUCAGCUGGACAAUACCAGGAAUUCGAAAGAGUGGAUGAGUGGAAGUCGGAGGGGCAUGUCUCCGGCUACGAUAAGGAGGAGUAUGAGGAGUACUCGGAUGAAGAUGGGUAUAAGUACGAGAACGGCGGUGAUUGCCAGAACUAUGUCGCAGCACGGCUGAUGUUCAAACCGGACGUUGAGUAUGCCAACGACCCGGAGUCGUACGAAAGGUUUACCCAACAUCAUGGGGUGAACUACGAUUCUGAGGUUGAACCGUCGGCCCCCCCUCCAGAAUUCUACAAGGCCAUGCUGGCCCAUAUGUUUGGUACGGAGGGCAGUCUUUGAUACUUUGUCUCCGAUUUCUUGUUCCUCUGGGUUUGAAGUUUCUCGUAUUGAUAUUCCUUUUCUAUUUCUAUCUGGUUCCUUUUCCUCUCUGUGAUAUACACGCACACACAUAUUUCCCUCUCUGACCUUGCUAUCUGCUAUCUAUGUUAUCCUACGUACCUGUUCGCCGCUCAGCUAUCGCUUUCCAUUCUCUCUCGCAUCCUUAUUCUACCUCCCCCAUCGCUAUUGGAAGUCUACGCCACUGUCCAUCUUCUCUCGUCUCGUGUUGUCCUUGCUCUCUUCUGCCGCCGCCGCUGCCAUUGCUCUCGCUCACGCAUCCAUCUUUGCUCCUGUGCUAUCUCCCGUCGUUCUCGUAUUUCCUGUUGUUGCAGCCGUUCGUGUCGUUGUCGUUGUUAUCUCCGUAGUCGUUGUCGUUCCCGUCAUUGUUGUCGAUGAUCAUGUAUUUC